AUGGCCACAUCAUGUCCCCACAUUUCGGUAGCACUAGGAGAAGAGGCUUCGAACAGUGAUGUUGGAAAGAAGUUCAUGUCUGUGAUAUCUUGGAAUACGUAUCGGUCGCAACCUACCCGACCGGCGAAGCGGAGGAAAGUAAGCACCUUUUUCUCCCAUAUGCAGUGUGUCGACGCCAAAACUGGAUCGCUCUUUUGCAAGGAAUGUGAUGACUUUGUCUACGACUCCAGCAUUGAAUCUCUACACUUGUCUGCCAUGGUUUCUGCACAAGAAAAACGAACAAAAUACCAGAGUUCGAAACAUCCUAGAGAAGCCUAUAAACCUUGGACACCGAGUGCAAAAGAGCUUGAGGCUCUUGGGAACGCGGAGAAAAUCCCAUGUCAUGGACGUAGAGGACUUUUGAACCUUGGGCAGACAUGUUAUAUGAAUGUUGUGUUGCAAUGCUUCAUUCACAACCCCCUUCUUCGAAACUAUUUUUUGAGCGACAAACAUAACUGCAAGCAAUGCAAAGUGGAGAACUGCACAUGUUGUGAAAUGGACAAGCUAUUCACCGAGAUCUACUCAGAUGAUCCAGUUCCCUACGGCCCGAUCAGUUUCCUCGCCACGACAUGGAAAGCGUCUGCCGAGAUUUCAGGAUACGCCCAACAAGAUGCACACGAGUUUUUCAUGGCGAAUCUGAACCAUAUCCACUCGACAUCUCGUGGUUGUACCAACGUCUCCUGUAAUUGCAUCAUCCAUUCGACGUUUUCUGGAUCCCUUCAGAGUGAUGUCACAUGCGAUCGAUGUGGCAACGUUACAACGACCAUUGACCCCGUCCUUGACAUCAGUCUUGAACUCAAAGGCAAGGCUGGCGAAGCGUCUUCGGGAGAUACUCUGGGUGCAUGCUUACGAAGGCACGUUCAUUCCGAAAAACUAGGGAGAGAAUAUAGCUGCGCUAAAUGUGUGAAAGCAUCGCCAGAAGCGACAAAACGAUUUAGCAUACAGAAACUACCGCCAGUCUUAGCUUUUCAAUUCAAGGUCGGUCUUCUGUUUAUACAAAGCACCGUUUCAGAUGAUUUUAUCUUCACGGCUUCGAACACACAGCGUUUCGAACACAAGACAAAUGAUAGAUCUUCGGCGCGCAAAAUCGAUACUCCAAUCCGGUUCCCCGCGUCGAUAAAUAUGGAACCUUACACGACACAUUUUCUCAAGGAAGCAGGAAAAGAAAAUAUCGGGUCUCUUUCGUCAAUACCUGGCCGAGAGACGAUGUGCGAGUAUGAUCUUUUCGCUGUGAUCAACCAUGAAGGGCAGAUCAACAAUGGCCAUUACACCAACUUUGCGCGCUGCAAAGAUGAGUGGUACCGGUUUGAUGACGAUAAGGUUACACCAUCGAGUUUAGGCGCAUGUCUUAAUUCGAACGCAUACAUGUGCUUCUAUGUCAAGCGACACCUAGAUUAUAAGCCAAACAUGACGCCUACGUAUGUGCUGACGAGGGAGACGGAGGCCCUUCGGGAGAAAGAAUUGGAGAAAGAGAAGGCUGCACGCAUGAGGGAAGUUGAGGACGAUCUGCUGUCUAUGCUGUGA